AGUAAACGCAUGUUGCGUGCACGCGCCAAAUCGUAUCGUGUGGCCACCAUUUCUCGAACCGAACAGCCUUCCCACCACACGCUUUCUUCUUCUACUGUUUGUCUUUUCAAUAGUGUUUUUUUUCCGGCGAGGGUGUAGAUAUUUUUUUUGUUGUCUAUCUCAUGGCUGGCACUUGCAGCUCGGUUAGGCCUCGCAUCAUUGGUGCUUCUUCGUCGACUGUUAGGUUGAUUAACGGAGCAGGAGUUCCUUUCUCCGUUAGGAUCUCUACCAGAACAAGAAGCCACGGAGGUGGUUUCACCGCAUCUGUUUCGUCGUCACGUGAGGAAGGUCCUUCUUGUAUCUUCGUCGGUCCGAUUGAUUCCGCAAGAAAAGAAACUCUUGAAGCUCUUUACCGCCAAGCGAAGAAUGCUUACUACAAUGGUAAGCCGUUGAUAGUUGAUGACAUGUUUGACAGAGUCGAGCUGAAGCUUCGGUGGUAUGGUUCGAAGUCUGUUGUCAAGUACCCUCGUUGCAGCCUCCUGCGACAGUCAACUUAUGCUGAUGCAGAGGAUGAUGCAUCACAAGUUCUCCUGUUAGCUACCAUAUGGAUCUUGAUUCUCUUGUUUGGUAGCUCAGCAUGCGUUUUCCCCUCCAUGUAUGGCCUCGGCUUAGUCUAUGGAGGAGAUCCGUUUGACUCGGGGCUUGUCUAUAGCAGCAGCUCCUCUUCUGUGCCUCUUCUGACAAAGCUGAACGGCAUCCUCCUCACCGUGCUAGGACCUGCUUUUGGAUAUCCGAUUGCAUCUUCUGCAGUAAGGGUUCUUAAAGGGCUAUGGAGAAAUGACUUAACGGCUCUAAAGGGAGACUGCCCGAACUGUGGGGAAGAGGUUUUUGCGUUUGUGAGAUCGGAUCAAUCAAACAGAUCAGCUCACAAAGCCGACUGUCAUGUCUGUGAGUGCACCCUGGAGUUCCGUACCAAAGUGGAGAAAUCUGCGUCGCUAUUGGGUAGAAAAUGGGUGUACGGCAGGAUAUACCUUGUUUCACGGCCUAGGAGAGGUCGGCGUUCCAAGUAUCCAUAGCUCUGACAAAGACAGAGAAAUUUUGGGGAAUGGUUUCUACUCAAUUGUCUAUUUAUUUCUAAAAGAAGGUUACUAGAAGCUAGAAAGCUUUUGUAACAUUCAAAAAUCUCAUAAAACUGUAACUAUAAACUUUUCUACACACUUGAAAGUAUAGUAUUUUUAGAGAA